AUGUCGGGCUUGGGUCUCAAGAUCCCGCGCCUGGACCUGAGCAGCGCCUCCCCCGCCCGCUCUGACGCCAGCCCCCGCCCCUCCAACAACGCCUCGGCCCGGGGCAAUGGCAGCUCUGCUCGAUCACGGCUGCAUGCCAUCACGGAGCGGGUGCUCGCUGGAUCCACAGGCGACAAAACCCCUCGCCUGAGCGCGAGGGGCUCCGGUAUCAGUCGGCUCUCUGUCCGUGCCAGCAGCACGCAGCUCACGGACGCACCGCCCACCUCUCGCCGUGAGGGCAACACGUCCCGCCGCAGCAAGGCGGAGGACAGCCUCACCACGGGCAGCGGCAGCGUCAUGCAGCGCGCCACCUUCCUGGACGCCCUCAUCACGGCCCGGAGGGCCAGCGGCGGCGUGCCCACCCCCCGUUCUUCAAAUGCUGGCCCCGCCGCCACGGCCCCGCUGGUCACGCCCCUGCCCCCGCGGCUCGCGGUGGCCCACCUCACCUCCACCCCCGGCAGCCUGACCUCCCGCCCACCCCGCCUCGAGGCCGCACCCCGCGCCACACCGCAGGUGGCACACACCGCUCUGGCUGCUGAGCUGGCCAGUCUGCGCUGCAGCGCUGGGGAGGAAAGCGCCGCAGUGUUUGCUGCACGCAAGGCCCUUUUGGAGACAAUGAAGGCGGCGGCGGCGCUGCUGCAGCUUGGGGACGUGCAGGCGGCGCUGGCCGGGGUCGCGCUGGAGGCGCCCCCGGCCGCCAGCCCCACCGGCACUCCCUUGGCCAACGGGCAGCGGGCCAGCUUCCGCGCGGGUUCCAGCGGGCCCGGACUCAGCCCCGGCGCCCUGCACAGCCUGGCAUCCCUGGGCAGCAAGCUGAGCGCGGCGGAGUCGCUGCUGCUCGGCGGCGAGGAGGUGGAUAGCGCGGAGUGCAGGCUGCAGGCGCUGCCGGAGAGGGCGGAGGUGGCGGCGGUGAUCGCGCCGAGCGACCCAAGCUCCUGA